UGGUUCUCGUUUCUUGCUGCAACUCAGCCGCCAAUUGUAAUCUCAAACUCGCAAAGGCCGAAAGGCGCGUUAAAUAACAGAGAAAAAUCCAAUCCAUCCAGCCAUCCAGGUUUGCUAAAAGCUAGCUAACUCUGCCGCUAUAUGGAGAAAUGGGUGAAGUUGGGAGGUGUUGCACUGGGUGCUCGGCUUAUAUCUCUGGCCCUAUGUACUUUCACUUGCCUCUGCGUCGCACUGGACCCCUUUGUCCUCAGCAAAUCCAGGAAUGCAUUUGAAACGCUUCGAACAUAUCUUCAGAUUUUACAUGUUAUAAUCUCUCUUAUUGUCAUCUUCUUAGAAUCAAGGUUCUUCUCUGCAAUAUUUCCAGAGGAGUUUAUGUCCCUUGUGGCAUCUGCACUGCUUAUCCACAGAUAUUUUUACGACAAUCUUUGGGAAGGCGUGGAGAAGACCCAUUUUUCUUUGUGUUCUUUUACUCUCGGAGUGCAAUUCGUUUUCCUUGUAAAGGCUUGUUGUCUUUUCUAUCACGUGGUUUGCUUACUUGAAAAGAAUGCAGAGGGGCAACUAGGGUUUGUGAGCAAAAAACAAUCAACAAAGGCAGAGGGGGAUGAGGGUAGUAGGCAGACGGGCAGCGUCAAGUGGUUCAGUGACGAGAAGGGCUUUGGUUUCAUUACUCCCGACGGCGGCGGCAACGAUCUUUUCGUCCACCAAUCCGGCGUGAGAUCUGAAGGAGGUCGCGUGCUCGGUGAAGGCGAGAAAGUAGAGUUCAUCGUGGAGGAAGGAAACGACGGCCGUACGAAGGCCGUCGACGUUUCUCGCCCAAAUGGAGGCCCUAUCCAAGGUCUCGGUGGUGCCGGAGGAGGAGGCCGCGGAGGCCGUCGUGGUGGUGGUGACGGAGGCUGCUACCGCUGCGGUGAGGCCGGUCACUUUGCUCGAGAGUGCACACAGAGCGGCGGAGGUGGCGGCAGAAAUCGUUAUGGCGGCAGCUAUUAUUGCUUCCAGUGCGGUGAGGAAGGUCACUUUGCUCGGGAAUGCCAUAACAGCAACUGGUGAUCUGAUCUGUCUCUCCAUCUACUCAGAGAAUGGCAUUGUGAAUCUUCACAAAUCUCAUCUUUAUUUUAUACGUAGUAUUAUCCUAUCUCUCUUUUAAUCAUCAUGUUGUUGUGUCUGUGUAUGGAAGGAUCUAGCUUAACCGGUGUUAUCCUCUUGCCUGUUUUUGUUCUAAGAAGUGAUUAGUUUGUGUUAAGGGAACUGCAUUUCGGAAAUAUAUACUUUUGUCUUAUGCCUGGUUUUAAAAAAAUGCAGAGGAAGAAGUCCUUAGGCUUAAGGAGACUGGUAAAGCUGGUAAAAAU